AUGCCGGCAGGUGACCAAACGGCAGACACAAGAGAGAAGGUGGUGGACGGUUCCCUCUGGGACAGAACACAAGAUGCUAUUCAGAAUGAUGAAACUCUCCAGGCCGCUUCCUUCGGAGGCCACAAGGAGAUCGUCCGGAUGCUGCUGGAGAAGGGUGCAGAUGUCAAUGCACAGGCUGGCUUUUAUGGCCACGCUCUCCAGGCCGCUUCCUUUGAAGGCCACAAGGAAAUCGUCCGAAUGCUGCUGGAUAAAGGUGCAGAUGUCAAUGCACAAGGUGGCCGGUAUGGUAGCGCUCUCCAGGCCGCUUCCUCUAGAGGCUAUGACGAGGUCGUCUGGAUGCUGCUGGAGAAC